UGCGUAAUUAUGACAUGAUUUACCACCAUGUGAAUUAUUCACGCAUCACUCCAACAGCAAACUCUCCCAAUGUUGCAUAAAUCUCUCUAUUUUCCAACAUCAAACAUUAGUUCAGUUUUCUUUUCAGUAAAUUUUCUUGACAUUUGAUGUUUCCUUCCUUUAUAAUUUAUAUGUAGUUCAAUAAUGCAAUGUUAAUCUCCAGUGGACGAACUAAUGUAUCAAACAUGAAAGGUGUGGCUCCCUCAAGUUUGAUUAGCAGGAUCCAUAAUUCCUUACCUGAUGGUUUACAUUUCGCAGCUUCAAUCUCUUCUCUAAAGACUACUGAAUUUGAACUGGUUCAAGGUAUACUGCAUAUACUGCAGGGUAAUUCUAGCCCUUUCUUCAGUUGGGACGAAAUUGGUUGUCGAUUUUGUGCCAAUGUUGGGAUAUAUGUGAGCCACCUCUCACAAACGAGUUUACAUGAUGUUUUUAAUCAGUUCUUGUAUGCUGCUACAUGUUUAAGGCUGGUAGAGAUUGUUACUGAAAGGAUUGAGGAUGAGGGGAAACGCUUUCCUACGUUGAGGGCGUUCGGGAGUUCUGUUUCUGCUUGGCUUCAGAGGUUGCGAGACAUUGCUUUGAAGGAGGAAAUAAAGAUAAUUGACUCUGAUGCAAGGACUGUUCCUACACUUUUGGGGAUGGCAAACUCUUUGUCAAGCCUUUGUUCAGGAGCCGAGUUUUUGUUACAGAUAGUUCGUGAAGCAGUCCCAAAAUUGUGGCUUGAAUCUCUGCAUUCUGUCCCUGCUGCUGAAGUGGCUGUUCAUAUCCUUGAUCAUCUUUACAUGAAGCUCAAUGAAACAUGUCUUGUGCAGGGUGGUGAGGAGGAAGCAUACAGGAUGCUCCUUUAUUUAUUUGCUGGAAGUCUAUUGCCAUAUAUUGAGAUCCUUGAUUCCUGGAUUUUUGAGGGAAUUCUUGAUGAUCCUUAUAGUGAGUUGUUCUUCUAUGAAAAUAGAUCUGUGUCAAUUAAUGACACAGAAUUUUGGGAAAUGAGUUAUCUAUGGAGAUCCUUAACCCAUCAAAAGGUUGACGCUGAGCUCUCAAGCACAACUCUUAAGCAUCAAGCAUGCCCAUUGUUCAUUAAGGACAUAGCUAAGGAAAUUGUUUCUGCUGGAAAGUCCCUCCAGCUGAUCAGGCAUGUUCCAAUGACCUCACCUUCAGGAGGGAGAUAUACUGACUUGGGUGGUUUUGGAAGUAUUUGUGGUAUUGAUAAUACUAAUGAAUUACGUAGAGGGUACAGCACAGCAGGGUUGACGUUAGUAGAGGUCUUUUUUGUGUCUGUGGCAGGUAUUAUAGGCCAUGGUGAUCAUGUGUAUAAUUACUUUAUGCAAAAUGAUUUAGCCUCUAUGAUUCCUUGCUUAAUGCGGUGCGAAGUGGAGAGGCAAAGACUUAGAGGAAGAGACAGCAAGAGUUCUGCUAUGACAAGCCAAAAGAAAACUUGGGUUGAGUUUUUGGAUAGUACAUUACAAGAAAGAGAAGCUUCUUAUCAAGUUAAAACCUCAUUGUCUCAUGGUAAAGAAGAUGUGGAGACCAGUUUAGCAAAUGAAUUCCAACUCGUGAAAUCUUUCUGUGCUCAAAAUCCAGCUAUUACUGUUUGUCAAAAAAUGCUGAACAAGAAUAGAGAUGCUUUGAGAACUUUGACUUUGUCAAAGAAUGCCAAUCUUCCCCCCUUAAAUGAUGAGGAUUUGCGGGAGGCUAUUUUUAAUAUUGAGAGUAGAGGAGCUUUAUCAAACAAGAAAACCAAUUUCACUUUCGGUUUUCAAUUUAGUGAAUCUCAGUAUCUUCGUUCAAUGGAAGAAACACUUCUUUUAGAAACAAUGUUUCCAUUUCCAACUGUUCUUCCUUCAUAUCAGGAGGACCUUCAGAUGUCAGAGCUUUUACCUCUCCAGACUAAUAGCACUUUGUCCUCCAGAGUUCUUCGCUGGAUUCAAGUUGCCGAACCAAAGUGCACCCCACUACCUAUGGUUAUACUGCAAGAAUGUCUUAAAGUCUACAUUAAGAAGCAGGUGGAUAUUAUUGGAAGUCACAUGCUGUCAAAGUUACUCCGGGACUGGAGACUGAUGGACGAACUGGAAGUGCUGCGUGCUAUAUAUUUGCUAGGCUCGGGAGAUCUUCUCCAACACUUCUUGAUAGUGAUUUUCAAUAAAUUGGAUAAAGGAGAAUCAUGGAAUGAUGAUUUUGAGUUGAAUAUGAUUCUGCAGGAGUCAAUCCGAAAUUCUGCAGAUGCCAUGCUGUUGACUGCACCAGAUUCAUUGGUUGUCUCCAUCAUAAAACCCCAUGGCCUUGAUGGUAGUGAUCAGCUGAAUGCAGCUGCUGUUGCAUCUACUCCUCGUAAAGGUCAUGAACAUAUCUCGGGUGUUAAUGGUCUUGAUGUACUUAACUUCACCUACAAGGUAUCUUGGCCACUUGAACUUAUUGCUAACACUGAGGCAAUUAGAAAAUAUAACCAGGUGAUGCAAUUCUUGUUGAAAGUUAAGCGUGCUAAGUUUGUACUUGAUAAAUUUCGGAGAUGGAUCUGGAAGAAAAAAGGUAUGGUAACAGUCAACUGGAAGCGCCAUUGGCUAGUGGAACAGAAACUUUUGCAUUUUGUGGAUGCUUUUCACCAAUAUGUGAUGGAUAGAGUCUAUCAUAGUGCAUGGCGUGAGAUGUGCCAAGGUAUUUCAGCAGCAUGUUCUUUGGAUGAGGUAAUUGAAGUACAUGAAGCCUACUUGCUAUCAAUCCAAAGGCAAUGCUUUGUUGUUCCUGAUAAACUGGGGGCAUUGGUAGCCAGCAGGAUAAACACUAUCCUUGGAUUGGCUCUGGAUUUCUAUUCGAUACAGCACACACUUGAUAGUGGUGCGGCAGUUUCUGCCAUUAAGGCCAGAUGUGAAAUGGAAGUUGAUCGCAUUGAGAAGCAGUUUGAUGAUUGCAUUGCCUUUCUUCUCAGAGUACUAUCCUUCAAGCUCAACAUUGGACACUUUCCUCAUUUAGCAGAUUUAGUGACUAGAAUAAAUUACAACUACUACUACAUGUCUGAUAAUGGAAACAUGAUGACAGCCCCUGGAUCUGAUUCAGCGAAGUUAGGAGGGAAGGCCUUUCCUAGUAGGCCUGGGUGAUUGUAAAAUAGAUGUUGUGUAACUUGCACAAGUUUCAACCCUUCCCUUCCUCAAAGCUUCAACGUCCAAGAUAGCCUGAAAUUUAGGCACCAAUGUUGAAGUCUUUCAUACUAACUAAAGCAGGCAGCCUAGUGAUCUUGAAGUUGUGUAGCUGCAGCUUGUAUAUGUUGGCCCUAUUUGGGUUUAUCUACAUUCUUUUUCGAUGUUUCGAUGCCUGAAGUGGUUGCUUGUAAUUUAUUCUUUGGGAAUGCUUUUUGGGAUGAGGUGAUAAAGUUAUUCUUGUAACGAGUUUCAUGUACCCGUUUCUGUGGCAGUGUUCGAUUGUAUAUAGAGCUUGUGUUCUUAUCAACAAGUGCUGAGUUUGUGUUCUUAUU